UUCUGUGUGGGUUCCUGAUUCUCUGCGGGUUCUUUCCUGCUGAAGACAAUUCUCUUCCUGUCCCAGCCUCAGAUUGGGGGGCUGAGCCCGGGGCUUCAGUGGUGUGCACGGCCACAGCCUCAUGGGUGGAACAGCCUCAUGGGUGGAAUGUGCCCGCCAUCCCAGCCUAGACGAGGGGGCUGAGGGUCAGGGUGGGCAUUCGUCGCGCCCCUCUUCGACCUUUGUGGGCCCAAGCUGGGUGAGGGGCUGGACAAUGAGCCUCCUUUUCCUUGAAAGAAGGAAUUUUGACUGGGACAAUAGGGCCCUGUCUGCUGUGGCAUGGGGAGUGGUGACUGACUCAACUCUGGCCCCUAAGCCCUAACAAAUGUCAUCAAGAGAUGGGGACAGUUUUCCCCUUGGUGCCCUGCUGCCCUCUGUGACAACUUGCCCUUCUUUCUUCAGCUGAUCUUGCUGCUUCUGGGACCUGAGCCACUCGCGCGCGCGCCUUCUCUCUCUGCCCCUAAUUCUGCCCCAGAGAGCUGGGUUGAAGGGGUGUGUGUGUGUGUGUGUGUGUGCACGCGCGCGCGCGCGCGCUGGGGCGGCGUUACAGAGCCAGUAGCUGUGCUGCCUUUGAGCAUCUAGAAGCAGGGGGCUCAGAGGCCCUUGAAGUCUGAAGUCAAAGAGGAUCAUGGGGUCUGGGGCUGAGCUGCGCACUCUCUUAAGCGGACUCUUCCUCUUCCUGCGACUGCUGUCAGGCGAGGGGGCCAAGGGUGGAUCCCUCAAAGCGAGUCAGGGGGUCUGCGCCAAGCAGACACUGAUGGUCCCGCUCCGCUACAACGAAUCCUACAGCCAACCAGUGUACAAACCCUACCUGACCCUGUGUUCUGGGAGGCAGGUCUGCAGCACCUACAGGACCACGUACCGCGUGGCGUGGCGGGAGGUGAGGCGCGAGGUGCCGCAGACCCACACCACGUGCUGCCAGGGCUGGAAGAAGCGGCACCCGGGGGCGCUCACCUGUGAAGCCAUCUGCGCCAAGCCUUGCCGGAACGGAGGCAGCUGCGUCCGGCCCGGCCAGUGCGAGUGCGCCCCCGGCUGGGGAGGGAAGCACUGUCACGUGGACGUGGACGAGUGCAGGGCCGGCGUCUCCCUCUGCUCGCACCUCUGUCACAACACGGCCGGCAGCUUCACCUGCGGCUGCCCUCACGGUCUGGUGCUGGGACCCGACGGUCGCACUUGCACGGAGGGGUCCCCGGAAGCCCCAACUAGUGCCAGUAUCCUCAGCGUGGCCGUUCGGGAGGCAGAACCUGAUGAGCGCGCCUUGAGGCGUGAGGUUCGUGAGCUUCGAGGGCGCCUGGAGCGACUGGAGCAGUGGGCCAGUCAGGCCGGGGCCUGGGUUCGGGCGGUGCUGCCCGUGCCGCCUGAAGAGCUGCAGCCAGAACAGGUGGCAGAGCUGUGGGGCCGAGGCGACAGAAUCGAAUCUCUCAGCGACCAGGUGCUGCUGCUGGAGGAGAGGCUGGGCGCCUGUUCCUGUGAAGACAACAGCCUGGGCCAAAGCCUCAAUCACUGAUAAGGAGCUCCGCAGCACCCUUGCCCCCUAAUUUAUACAGACACUGGACCCACUAAUCCUCUGGCAUUGGCCACCUGGGAGCCGCAGAUAAGGCUACAGCAGAGC